CGCAGAGAGAAAGCCCGCGGUUUCUUUUCGCGGCCACACCCUGCUGUUUCAUUUUGGCAGGAAAAUCUGUCGAACUCGAACCCUAACCAGGCGGCGCCAUGGACAAGUUCCUCGUCGCGGCGCCGCCUUCCGCCGACGAGGGCCCCGAAGCGCCACGACCGCCGCCUCGGAGGUGGCACCGGUGGAGCCGUAUCGCCGUGGAGCUGGACGGCCACAUCGACGCCAGGUUUCGACAUCGGGAAUCCCGCCGUCUCCUCGAUUCCCUUGCCGAGAUUAGGACCUUCGAACACAAGUACUACACGCAUGGCGAGGAACGGUGCACGACAUAUGUGAAUCGCAUGAUUAAUGCUUCAACAUUUGCUGGGUGUUACCAUUCAGCUAGGGAGGGGGUUUCGGCAAUGGAAUUCGAUAAAAAGGGAAUAUACCUCGCAUCAGUGACAAACUCAGGAUGUUUAACAGUGCAUGACUUUGAGACCUUAUACUGCUCCUUGUAUGGCCCAUUAUGUCGUAUACCAGAUGACUCAUCAAACUAUGUGCUCCAUAUAUCAAACUCAAUGCCUCUAUGUGCUGUCCGAUGGAAUCCAGGAAAUCAAGACGAGAUUGUUUGCUCAUCUAGCCAAACUGACAAAGUUUUACUGUUUGACAUUGGGUACGUCUCAUCUGCUCCGACUGAAGUUUUACAGAAAGGGAUGACCAAAUUUCAUGGUUUCUGCUCGGAAUCCCGGAAGGGUUUGACUGAUCUAGCUUUUACUCCAGACGACAAGUCACGGCUAUUUGCUUCUGGACUUGAUGGUGCAGUCUACAUGUGGGACAGGCGGCUAAGUAAGACACACUGUGUUGAGCUUACAGCACUCCUAGAAUCUCAGUUUACCAGUGUCAAGCUAAAUAUGGAUAAUCGGACAGUGUUUGGUGCAACUAGAAAUGGGACCAUUCAUGUUUGGGAUACACGUGGAGGGAGGGCAUCAGCUGCUUUUCAAAGUCAUAAUGAGGUUCAACCUUUGUCAUCAGUGAAGAUAUCAACGUUGUUGGGAAAAAUUGCAUCGCUGAAGGAACAAUCAAACAUUGUUUCAAGUGAAAUUCUGUCGAUAGACUUUAACCCUAGUUGCUCAUAUCAGUUAGCCUUCCAUCUUGAUGAUGGGUGGUCUGGAGUCCUGAAUGUCAACACUUUCAGUGUUAGUCAUCUGCACUGCCCUCCUCCUGCUUGGUUGGAGGGCGUGGACUCUGUGUUGCAUAAGCGGAAAGCCACCUGGCUGUCGACAUCUUCAAUUUAUGCAGUCGGAUCUUCCUCCAAUAAUGGAAUAUAUGCACUGGAUUUUCAUCCAGAUACAAGCUCCACAUGCCAUGUGGACUACAAUGAGGAAACAAAAGGCUCCGAGGAAAAUCAACCUGCAGAAAACAAGUUUAUUCCCUUAUCCGAAAGGGUGCUUUCCUGUGCAGCCCAUCCACUCAGUCAUGACAUAAUUUGUGGUACCGAGUUCUCGUCGUUGCUCAUGGUAUCACAAAAGUAUGAGACCGUCAGAGAUCCAGAGUAGGGCCCGAGCACAUCAGGAGCUUCCUCCAAGCACAAGCAAUAUCCUCGAUCGAUUGCGGCAUUAUUAUCUCAUGGACGCCCUGCACAUAAGAAGGAUGUGUGCAGCAUGGGACUUUGUUGAAUUUGGCUGGCAGGUCGCUUUAGCUGGGGAAGCUGUGUGGUUGGUCACAAGAUUCAGCUUGCGGCCAGAAGACCAAUGGACAUGGUCGUUGCACUUGAUCUUUCAAGUGUUGGCCUUCAAGGCAUGCUUAUGGGGGCGAGGAGGAUUGUUCACUUGUAAUUACUGUUUCAUCUUUAGCCGUCCGAUCCGAUGGUUUUUAGAAAGUGCUGUCAUCUGUAUAUGCCGUGCUCUGUACAUGAACUGUUUGGAAUCAGUUUGAUUUGUGUUGUGUA